CAUCCUAAGUAGUAUAGCUAUCGAUCGAAAAGCAAGGCUAUCACUGGGAAUAACGGGUAAAGGCUGUAUGACUAUUUGGGAAAAGACGAGCAAUCAUGUCAGUGACUUAAUACCAGAAAUCAUUUGGUCGGGUACCUCUAAUAAUGGUUACCGAGCCUUUCAGGUGCAAACACUUCCAUGUGUCUCUGACUCCAAGCCCCGAUUGCGACACAAAGCACAAUUUUGUUGGAAAUGCAUGGGUGCCCAACUUAUCCGCCCACAUAGCAUGGCUGUUAGUAAGUGUUUUUGUCGUGUCUGCGGCUGUGAUAAUUUUGUUAAAUAAUUGAGUAUGCAAUAUAAAAUCGCAUUAAACGUAAAGAUACUUAAUACAUACUACAUACAGUGAUGUGCCUGCCGCAAGAUAUACGUAUGUUUGGCCAUAUAUAUGUAUGUGCCUCUUUACAUAUUUGACAAUACAUAUGAAAGUGACUAUAUGGGGACAGCAAAGUAUAUAAAUAGUAGAGAUGGUCUCUCUGAAACACCAGUUUGGAGCGGGACUUACAACAGAUUGUAGCCACAGACACAACGACACAACAAAUUGGAACCGCUAAAGGAUACUAUACCACUCAAGAGCAUUAUGAAUUUAAAUUGCGUCGUAGUUCUGCAGAUCCUUUGCAUGAUGGUUAUACUAAGUAAUACGAACGCCAUACCCAAAUAUGACGAAGGUCAAAAAUUCAAUUCUGAAAAAAUUCAGCGUAAUCGAUCAUACUACAACGAAAAUAAGACACAGCUGAAUGAGCCGCAGACAGCCUCAACUAAAGAUAGACUUGAACGGCUGGGAUACACGACAGGCUACGGCUCUUUAAAUGGAUAUCCUGGUGGUACAGGACUAUCAGCGUAUAAUCCCAUCAAACUGGAUCUCGGUGGCGUAGUGUUGGGCACGCUGGUCGGCAUUGGUGCCAUUAUACUAAUACCCAAAAUUCUGUCGGCUUUUCAUGGUGGUUACGGAGGAUAUGGACGAAGUGAGGAUAAUGAUCUUACGUCUCUCAGCACAAUGAUAAGCAAAAUUGACGAUGUACUGAGUCAGAAUAAUAUUGAUUCUACCAGUUGCAUGCAGCGCACAGUUUGCGGGUAUGUUCGAUCAACUGAAUAUAACAUGAAGGGUGGAUCCUCGGACCAAAUGGACGAAUUUAUUCAUAUGCUUUCAGAAAAUGUAUUGGUGGACUACCUUUUGGAUGGGACGGCUAUAAAAGAGGCAUUGGAAAUUGGAAAGCGCGAAAACGAUAAACCAUGCGAAGAAGUGUACUCCAAUUGCCCUUUGGACAGUAAAUCCGCCUCAAAUAUUCUUCUAAAGCUUCUUCCCAAGAAAAACUCACACGGAAAGCGGACACCUGCUGUGAAUUUCGGAGAAAAGAAAGCAUAGCCAAUAUGAUUGAAUUUUUAAUAAGUUUUUUAUUUUUAGCAUAUUACAGGAACCAUUACAAAAUAUUAUUCCAUUAACAAAAUAAACAUUUAAUUUUUGUCAUUAA